AUGGUGGAGGUCGAAAAUAGUCUACUUCGCGUGGAACCAACCGAAACGCUCUACUUUGAAGGACCAUUUUACCAAGCUGUCACUUCUCGCCUCACAUUGUUCAAUCUGCAUGACAGCCCUACAUGUUUCAAGAUUAAAGCGACUGUACCAAAGAGGUAUGUUACCGAGCCGAGCAACGGACUACUGCAGCCAAAUACUAGCCUCAACAUUUCCGUCACAAUUCGACCAUUCUGCGAAGGACAACUGGAGAAGACUGAACACAAAUUAGUAAUCCAAAGUAUUAUGGUUGACGAAGAAGGAGAGGUCAAUAUUGAUCAAGUGUGGAAAGAUGCGGAACAGUGGAAAAUUAGGCAAUCGACCCUGGUGUGCGCUCCUCGGAUGCCAAGUCAGUUGAUAGUGGAACCGCUUGAGCAACUUAUAUUUGAAAGUAUUUGCAUAUUUUCGAAAUAUUGCUCUCUAGAAACUCAAAAUGAUUCCAUGGCAUCUACUAUUCACUUGACUAAUGAGUCUCGCAAUGCACUUUACUACCAAAUACAAUGUCCAUUUAACGAACUACGGGCAGUUCCCGAGAAGAAUGUUGUUGAUCCGGGGCAAACAGUAAACGUUUUGGUUAGUUGCAAACUGGAAAAUCUGAGUAGAGCGAAGAUGCCACCUCAGCAUAUUGUAAUCAAGUCGCUGAUGUUUGAUAGGGAUGAUGAGCGAUGCACAUCGGAACCGCGAACCACGGAUAAAGUAUUUUAUGCGCUACUCAAAUGUGUGUUUCCCAUGCCGAUACCGGUGCCCGUCCAUCAGGAAGUCAGUACAAUCAAUAUAUCUGAGGAUCCAAGAAUGAUGGCGAUAAUGGCUGAGCUUGCAGCUCUAAAAGAGGAGAACAGGCGACUUCAGGAGCAACUUGCAAUUAAGUGUACGGAUAUGAGUAUCCAACCACCGGAUGGAUAUCACAUCAUAGGUGCUGAUAAUGAAGAGCAGUGA